GUUAUACAUAUUAACAAAAAAUGUUAAAAUAGCACUGAAAAUCUACCACAUUUUAUGUAUGCAAAAGAAAACGGUAUAAAAUUUCACAUUUGGAAUCUGGUGGCAAAAAAUGUACGCGUAAAGCUCAUUCCAAUAUUUUUAUCUUUAUCCUAUAAUAAUUACGGUCGACUGUGAUAUUUUCAGAUAAAAUACCAUCGACUCAAAUGUUUCUCGGCUUAAAUACGGAGCAGCCGGGAUAUUUUUCGGCCGAUUUGUUUUCGGCUAUUUCCGCGCACCCUGUAAUUGUCUGCCCGGUGCGCGGCCCGAGAUGUCGAGAAAACAACGCCCACCUUAGAUAAUAAUUAUGUACACGUGUGACACGAAUUGAGAUUUGCUCGAUUCGCGAACUGCGACAACCACGGACAACAUGUAAGUAAAAAAAAAAAAAAAAAAUAGACGCAUAAUAAUAAUUACGUACGUUAUCUACUGUCCGGUUUAUCUACGGUGACCACGGUUAAAGAUAUCAUUAAUCGUGACGGUUACAACACCUCGACGUUUAUAGAUAAUAAUUGUUAUUUGCUUUUUUUUUUUUCUCAUCUGUGCACCUCGACAACGCCGGCUGCGGUGUAGUGUCGUCCGCCGCCCCCGCCAAAGUUACGGAAUACCGUGGAGUAACGAUACCGACAUUGUACGGUCCGACGGCAGUGACGAUAAGGACGUUCGGCGCGCCGCUAUUCUCAGCGCCCGACACCGACCGUCGCGCCGCCGUCCGUAUCUGUAACCGGGUAUUUAAAUUAACAUUUUUAAUACGCGAUACGCAACAACUCGACACGUUGUAAUUAUGUGCACCGAUUGGGCGAAGAAAAUUAUAAUAACGACAUACAUUCGUGUACAUUAGUGGUGCGAUGAACGCCGCCGUGCCGUCAUAUUUCCGUCGGGCCCGACCAAGCACGGACGUCCAAUGUUGAUCCGCGUAAAUGUUUACCUGGCGUUGCUCAUAGGCAGCGGACUCGUUUCGUUGGGUAAGUGUGGCGGCGGACCGCGCUCGCAGCGUUCACCGGAAAACGUCGGCAUUCGCGGCCAUCCGGUCUGGCGAAAAAACCGAACAGAGCCAGCCCCCGGGGUCGGAGCAGUACGGCCUACGGGGGCCCGCAGAAAAAAUGUCGGUAAACGUCUCGUAGACGUUUUUCUUUUUUUUGUUCUUGAUUGUAUACCGUCCUAGAAGAAACCCCCCAAUUAAAUUUCGAUUUUUCUACUUGCCGACCGAUUGCCACGGACGCCGUGGAUUUUUUUUUUUUUUUGUUUUUCUUACGAAUUUAUAAAUUCGGUAGCCCCAAAAAAGGGCUGUUCCUAAAAAACACAGUUUUCAAUGCGACCCAUUUAUUUUAUAGGUUUGUGAUUUUCAAUAUCAAAUACUACUAUUAAACACAUUUUAAAUCAUUUUCACAGUGCUAUCAUUAAAUUAGUCUACCAAAUAACAUAAAAUAGUUAGAAUUACCUAUGUAACGUUGUAUACGAUAAUUCCCUACUCACAUUUACACUCAUAGGUACAUAUAUAGAUAAUUGAUAAAAAAAAAAAAAAACCAAAAAUCCUGUUUUCACAAAUAAUAAUAGAUACCUACAAGUAUAUAAUUUUAUAAUGAAAUCUGUCCAGCCAAAUCAGCAACACGUAAAGUAUUGUACAUGUAAACCAAACUAUUUUUAACCAAGUAGAUACUAAUUUGCUUAUUUUGUCAAAGAAGUAAUGUACAUCAUUCUAUUGUUAAUAAUAUUUUGUUCACACAUGACACGUUAUAGAGACAAAUACUUAAUUAAUUUCCUGGAUAAUAACAAGGCAAGUAGUCUGAAAAAUAGAAUGCAAUCGACUGAUAUGCUUGAUUAUUAGCGAGCAGCCUGGCAACUUGAUUCUUUUAUUUACUUGUUCCAUAUGAACCAGGAUUAACUGUUUAAAAUGAAAAUCAUUCUCUCAGUUCGGUAUCUGCCAAUCAAAAAAUUAUAGACAAAAAUAAUGAUCGGUUUCUUUUACUUACCUAUCCAGUUCAAAAUGGAAAAUCAUUCUAAAAAACACUAUACAAAUCUAUCAACUAGGUAUUCCCAUUUUUGUUUUUCAUUUAAUUGAUCCAUUGUAUUUUCUUAUUUGCUUACAACAUUAUACUUUUAUAAAACCAUUAAAAGAUCUAAAUAAUAUAUUUGUUAAUUUUUUAAUUUUCGAAAUUAUAUAUUUAAUAUAUUUAUUUUUCAGGAAUUAUCUAUGGCCUUGUAUCAAAUAAUGGUAGCCCUAAACACGAAUUUGAAACACAGAAUAAAAGAAAAUUUCAAUUUGUUGAUGCGGUCAAAUCUGAAUACAAUUCUGACUUAAUUAAUAAACUAAAAAUUGAGCUUGCAUUGGCAAAUGGUAAAAUAGAACAACUCCAGAAUAAAAUGCAAGGAUUUGAAGAACGUAUCAAAAAACCAUAUCCAAAUGUCAAAUAUUUAAACUACCGUACAAAAAAACGCAUUUUGGUAUGAUAACAAUAAUAUUAAUAAGUUAAUUUUUAGGAGAAUCAAGAAAUAAUAAUACCAGCUCUUUAAUUAAUUUGAUACCAUUUUUGAUGAGUGAUUGGAAAUGAAAUUUCAUAACUAUCCAUCUCCUGAAGUGACUUGUUAAUAAAUGGAUAAUCUAUCAAUCCAAUAGUUAAUUGAUACAAAAAGAUUUUCAUUUGAUUGGCUAUCAGAUUAAUUAAAGAAUAGGCGGAUAUAUCUACACUUGAUGAUUAUAAAAUAUAUCUAGAAAGUAUGAGCAUUGGUAAUAUAAUGAUUUUAUAAACCAAAAAUUAUUUAAUACGAUUUAAGACAUGAAAUACUACUGAAAAAUCCCAGAUUUGAUUUAAAACUAAUUGUUUCAGACCAAUAAAAUUUUAUAAUUAUAAUACUAGUUUAUUUCCAUCAUACAAGAUUACAAAAGAUAAAACCACCAAAUGUAUAUGACACCCCUACAAAAAUUAUAAGCCGACUGGAGGAAGUGGGUUCCUAAAAAUUACAAGUUGUAUAUUAAUAUGUAUUAAAUAGAUGAACAAAUUGAAAAUGAAAACAACAAGCUAAAACACAAACAAAAUCUUGACUUACAUUAAAACUUAAUAUUAUAAAUACUAUUAUUAUGGUUCUUUUUUUUUUUAUUAUUAUUAAAAUAUCUUACAUUAUAUUAUAAUAAUAAUUGUUAAGUAUACACAUUGUAAACUUGCAAAAAUAGUACCUAAAUAUAACAGGUUUCAAUUUUCAAAAAAAAAAUUUCACUGCAUAAAUACAAGAAGUGUGUUUAUUUUGUUUUUCUACUUUUUAGGUGACCGGUGGAGCUGGUUUUGUUGGGUCUCACUUGGUCGACAAAUUAAUGAAAGCUGGUCAUGACAUAACUGUAGUCGAUAAUUUUUUUACCGGGGUUAAAGCAAAUGUUGAACAAUGGAUAGGCCAUGCAAACUUUGAACUAAUACAUCAAGAUAUAGUUAAUCCUCUGUUUGUAGAAGUCGAUGAGAUUUAUCAUUUAGCCUCACCUGCAUCGCCUCAACAUUAUAUGUUCAAUCCAGUUAAAACUAUUAAAACGAAUACAAUAGGAACAAUAAAUAUGUUAGGUUUGUAAAUUAUAAAUUUGUGAUUAAUUAGAUCCUAAACUAAAAUUAUAUUUUCAUAAUAAUAAUAUGUACUGUUAUUUUAGGAUUAGCAAAACGAGUCGGGGCCAAAGUCUUGAUUGCCAGCACUUCUGAAGUCUAUGGUGAUCCUGAAGUACAUCCUCAACCUGAAACAUACUGGGGACAUGUUAAUCCAAUUGGUAUUUAUUAUUUAUUAUAAAUUACACCAUAAUAGGUAUAUUAUUUUCAACUUGCAUACAUGUCUGUAUAAUGUAGGUCCACGAGCAUGUUAUGAUGAAGGUAAAAGAGUUUCAGAAACUUUGAGUUAUGCUUAUGCUAAACAUGAAAAAGUAUCUGUUCGUGUUGCCAGAAUAUUUAAUACUCAUGGACCAAGAAUGCAUAUGAAUGAUGGACGUGUAGUUUCCAAUUUUAUAUUGCAAGCUCUUCGAAAUGAACCUAUUACUGUAAGAUAUAUAUAGAAAUAUGUUCUUAUUGAUUGUGUAAUAAUAUUUACUUUUAAAACCACUGAUCAGUUAAUAAACUUAUAAUCUUAGCAAUUUUAAUAUAUUUCUGAUUAUAUUAACAGUAUAAUUCUGCUAAAUUCUUUUAGGUGUACGGUAGUGGCAAUCAAACACGUUCAUUUCAAUAUGUGUCCGAUCUAGUAGAUGGAUUGAUUUCUUUAAUGGAUUCAAAUUAUACCCAACCAGUAAACCUUGGUAAUCCAACUGAACAUACCAUUAAUGGUGAGUUUUUAUUGUUAUUAAGUAAUUUAUGUAGAUGAAAUGCUAAAUGAACCGUUUUUAAAAAAAUUGUGACAUAAAUUUUAAUAAUACAACUUUACAUUUUUCAAUUGAAUGUCUAUAAAGCAUUAUAUUUUCAAUAUGUUACAGAAUUUGCUGUGAUAAUUAACAAUUUAGUUGGUGGAAAAAGUAAAGUAAUCACUACUCCUGCUGUAGAAGAUGACCCACAAAGAAGAAAACCAGACAUUACAAGAGCAAUGACCUACUUACAUUGGAAACCUAAAGUAAAAAUAUUCUUUAGAAAUAUUUAAAUUAUAGGUAGUGAACUAUAUCAUUUUAAUUUUAACAUUAAAAUUUAGGAGUUUCAUUAAUUUUUGUUGUUGUUUUAAAACCAUAGAUAUAGUAAGUAUAAUGAAAACGUGUCACAUUAUAUAAUGUACAAUUUUUUUGAAAGGUUAAAGAUAAAUGUAUAAAAAUAGUCCAGUUUAAAAAGUGUGCUAUAGCUAACUAUUUUGCACAUACAGUGUGCCUCAUCGUGUUCCACAAAUUUUUCCAGCGCUGUUAAUAUUAAUUUUUUUUUUCAAUAGAUUUGUCUUCGAGGGGGACAUCAAUUUGGAGAAAAAUUAAAUUUUUAUUUUCAUGCCCUUAACACAAAAAUAAAAAAUAAUUUUAUUUAUUCACCUUCACUCAAUUUUUUUUUAAAAUAUAUAUUUUAUUCUAAAUUUAUUUAUUAAUAUUUUGUAUUAUUGUUUGAUAUUCAUAAAAGUAAAGAAUUUCAGGUAAAUUUGUUAAUAUUUAAAUUACAAUUUUUUAAUUUUGAUAUGAAGGAAAAUUUCUUCGCAUACUACAGGUUGGAAACUAUUAUUUACAUGAUUAACUUUCUUGCCUUGUUGAGAUGACCUCCAAUUUAAAUUUGUAUAAGGUGAAAAAUAUAAAUGAUGAGAGUUUAUUUUGAUAAACCUAUAUACAAUUUCAGCAAAUUUUCCUGUUUUUAAAAUUCAAAAUGGUGGAUCCAAUAUAACGGCUCAAACAAUUAAAAAUUACCAUAAAAAUAGGAUACACAAUUUUUAAUUCAUUUAUAUUUUUCUUGUGUUUAAUUCUGACACUCCAUAAUAAUAAUUAAAAGUCAAUAAAAACCCCAUGUUAAAUGAAUGGAAAAAAGUAGACGGCUUUAGGUAAGGGUUAAUAUUGAGAUAAAGUUUUCAAAAUUGGAGUGAAUUUUAAUUUUUUAAUUUGGAACUAUUCAAGGGGGCUGUACUUAUUAAAAUUAAACUAUGGUCCAUUUAAGACACAACUUAGUAUGUAUGUAUUUUACAUUUAUUUUAUUGCUAUAUUUAUAAUUAGGUACUAUCUUAUAAAGCAAGUUUUUAUUUGUUGUUUUUUUUUUUUUAUAAUAUUCACUAGGUAUUAUUUUAUACUUUAUUAUAAGUAUAAAAAGAAGAAAAGAUAUUAUACAAUUUACAAUAAUAAUUGAGUCAUGAUGAUUAUUAGAUUUUUGAUUUACGUUAAAAUCAUAUAAUACGAUUAGCUGUAUUAUUACUUUAAAUUGUGUACCUUAUAACUAUGUUUUUUUUUUCUACAGGUAGGCCUACAAGAUGGCUUGCAGAUGACAAUAGCCUACUUUAGAAAAGAAUUAAAGAAAUCACAAAAAAAUUUUUGAUAAACAAUUAUUACCUAUUUAAUUUCUCUAAGAAAUAAUUUUUAUACAAUAAUUUAUUUUUAUAUAAUCUUUGCAUACUUUAUUUUAAAAUUGUUGUCUUAAAAUGUAAGCAUUUAAGCAUUUAUUACUGUAUGUUUAGAAUAUUAUGUAAAUUUGAUAAAUUUUAAAUAAUUUAUUAGUUUGUUUUUUUUUCUUUAACUUCUAUGAUCUCUAUACUUAUUAUGUUAUAUAGUUUUUUUUUUUUCAUUUUGUUGCUUUUGUUUAUUGAAUUUGUUG